AUGGCUCUCCAAACUGUGUACCAGCAGUUCCUGGGUGCCCCGAACUCGGCCAACCUGACAGCCGACGCGUCCUUGUACUACAUAACCACAUCCACCUCUAUCCACGGCAGCACCGAGAUCAUCAAGCACUUUGCCACUCUGCGCAAGCAGCUCAAGAAGAACAAGGAGGCCGUUCUGAGCUCCGUGGAGUCGGCAAACGGUCUGGCCCUCGAGAUCGACACUGCUCUGGAGUUCAUCACCGGUGGUGGACCUUAUCUGCCACGACUCGACGACAACUUCUUGUCUGACCGCAAGGUGUAUUUGCCAGUUACCCACUUUGUUUCGUUCGAUGCUCAAGGCAAGAUUUCACAAAUCCGCCAGUCCUGGGACCAGGGCGCACUGCUGAAGCAGAUUGAUGUGAUUGGCAAGUCCGGACGCAACUGGCCCAUCAGCGAUGGCACCGAGCAGGUUAAGACGAUCGCCUCGGCUAUCGCUGCCAACAGCGGCAGCCAAGAGAGCGCGGCCGCGGCUGGCGCCAAUACCGAUCUGCCUGUUCGGCCACGCGGAAACUCUGCUCUUCGUGAUCCUCACGCCUCCUUGGAGCUCUUCGCGUCGCGGGAACAGAUGGAGACGCUGCCUGCUGCCGUCGUAUCGCCUUACGCGGGUGUGCGCCCUAAGCAGCGCGACGUGACUGACAUUCUCAACGACAACCCACCAGACGAGGAGACUGCCGCUAAUGCCGUUGUGUCUCCCUACGCUGGCCGCCGCCCGCACCAGCGGUCUUUUGCGGAUAUUCUAGGCGACGAGGAUGGCGACGAGGAAGAGGGCGAUCCUGCUGGCGAUUCGCCAAGCAGAGGACGUAGCGUUGGGAGCCGCGCGCGGUCGCAGUCACCAACAAAGGCGAUCGCGCCCAAGGCCGGCUCGAGCAAGAACUACCAGCCCGUGCGACUGUUUGAGGCCGACGAGGCUGCCGCUGCUGCUAUCGAUGCCAACUCCCCCGAGGGUCAGCGCUUCUACCGGCCCAACCCCAAGCGCUACAACCACUUCGAUUUCGCCGACGGUUCUGACCCGCAGGAUGCUCCCAAGGCCGGCACGGCUUUCGACGCGCUCCCUAGAACGAAGCACAACAGCCAGUGGUCCUUUGAGGAUUUCGCGACGCCGCAGAAGCCGCCUUCCCGGGUGACACGUGGCCAGGAAGUGCGCCACUUUGGUAUCGAGAACGACGACUUCCCCGAGACGCCCUCGGCUGCCUCUCGGAAACCUGCGCAGCUGAAGCCCCGCCGCGACGCCGAGACACACUUUGAAUUCCAGGAUGAUGGUGAACCGUCUGGCGCGCCCCGGGCGGCUGGUAAGCCGCGUGGCGCAGGUCAAAACGACGGCCUGGGUCUGUACAAGAACAACCUCUACAAGGAGGACGGAACGGCACCAACACCUGCCCCGGCUCGCGCGCUGGGCAACAUCACCAACCUCAAGGACCGUUCCAAGAUUUUUGAGGCCCAUUUCGUCAUGGCGGACGAGCAGCCUGCGGCCAGUGACGCUGCUGAGCCGGCCGGUAUCAGCGACGACCGCAAGAAGGCGGUACAGAUGAUGGAGUCGCACUGGGGCGCGGAAUUUGACGACGCGGAAGACGCACAGAAGGAGAAUGUCUCGAUUCCUGGCACCCACGUGUCCGGAAAGGCUGGCGACCAGCGCGGCAUCCAGGUCGGCGGCGACGGCAUGGGUGGCAAGAAGUCGGGCCGCAGCUGGAGCUUUGGCGGCGAGGAUGACGAGGCCGCGCCCGCAGUACCGGGCAAGAAGCCAAACAAGGCCACGCAGGCCAGCGACUUUUGGAACUUUUAA